UCAUAUUAAACUCUUUGAGGCAGUAUGUCUUCUACCAUCACGAUGUACGCACAAAGGUUCGCUUACUAUAUUAUAGUACUCUUAUUGUUGAAAAUAACACAUUCCCAUAUUUCGGCCAAACAAAAUCACUUAAUGCCGGAACAAUGGGCAUUAAAAGAUAUGCCUUUUUUAUCCAUUAUUUUUGCAACAUCGGAAUAUUUACCGGCUGGACCAUGUAAAGAAGAUACACGGAGAUUUUUGCAUGACCUACUUAACGGUUCUCUAUGGGCUACACAAAUGUUUGAUUCUUCUACUAAAUAUCCGGAUGGUAUAUUCUACGGACAUACAAGACACGUAGGAAAUUUUGACGAAUGUUAUAACAUGCAAGUUAAUGUUAUCGAAGAGGGUGCUGAUGUGCAUGAAAUCAAUGGAAAAUAUUGUCGAAUCAAUAUUACAUAUAAGAAGAUGCAAACUAUAUCGGUCCAAAAGAAAUCAUCAAAAUCACAGUAUAUAAGCAAUUCGUUGGACAUGAGAAAUUCCUUUUGGAAACUAUUAGAGCAAUUAGAAAGUCCCCCAUAUGUACGCAGAAAUCGUUUACAAAUGGCUUUGUGUGUACCGGCGACUUGCAGUGCGGAAACUGUAGAAACAGCCUUGAGAAUACCUUUAAGAAAACUUGGAGCGAGUAAAAAUAUUGAGUUGCAGACAAGUGUACAACCUAAUUCUUGUUACACAGUCAAAGAAGCUCCAAAGUUUACUCUCGGCGCCGGAAUUUACUGUGCUCUGCUUGUCUUUUUAUUGAGUCUAAUAAUAAUCAGUACUUGGUACGACUGUACGUCAAGUGGAAAUGGAAAAGAUAUGUCUGCAAUACGAAAUAUCAUGCUACACUUUUCCGCUCGGAGAAAUUAUGAAAAAAUUGUCCACGUAAAUUGUACACAUACAGGGCUUGACUCUAUAUAUCUUAUACGUUUCGUUACUAUUAGCAGCUUGGUUUACAUGCAUAACGGAAUGCAAUAUAUUUAUAUUCCCACUGUUAAUGCAGUUGAUAUAGAAAAGAUGUACAAAUUACCUUUGAUUACAAUAAUAAUAAACGCUUCUUUUACAAUAAAUAUAAUAUUCGCUUUGGGCGGCGUUUUACUCGCAUCUCAGUUAUUGAAAGACUUGGAUCAAAAUAAGCGACUUAAAUUUGUUCAAAAUAUUAUAUCGAGAUACUUAAGGUUAACGCCGUUAUAUGCCACAAUAAUUGGUUUCUACAUUUGGAUCUUUCCGCUACUAGGUUCUGGACCAUUUUGGGACAAAGUGGUCGAGGAAAGCGCUAAUUGUGCGAAAAAUUGGUGGAUAAAUCUAUUGUACAUCAACAAUUACGUCGCAACUUCGGAACUGUGUGUCAUCCAUGGCUGGUAUUUAGCGGCAGACUUUCAACUCUUCAUUUGCAGUCAAUUUGUGAUAUAUGCAUUUUGGCGUAUGCCCCGCAAAAUGGGAUAUCCUUUUCUCGGGAUAUUAUUAUUAAUAAGUUCCACUGUAUCUUUUGUUGCCACCUACGUAAACGAUGCACCAUCCGUUGUACGAUUCACACCGUACGUAACUAUGAUAGAAGAAGUGGCGGAGUUUAAAAUGUAUUAUAUCAAAACGCAUAUGUGUAUCAGUGGAUACCUUGUCGGUAUAAUCGCUGGUGCAAUACUUCACGAUCACAAAGGUAAUACGUGGCGUUUAUCUAAGUUCUGGUCACAUAUCUUAGUUUACCCGAUGCCUGUGAUUUUAUAUAUUGCAACCCAAUAUUGGGCGCAUAAAUUUUUUAUAUUGAGCAAGGCAAAUCUAUUGGAAGAGGCAAUUUUCGCAUUUUUCCAGAGACUUAUUUCUGCCUUAUGCGUGUGUUCCACUAUAGUUUUGUUAUCCAUCGGCAGUCAAUCAAAAUUUUACUACCGUUUCUUUACACCACGUUGGAUGCAGCCAUUAGCAAACUUAACUUAUGGAGUUUAUAUCACGCACGUGAUAUUGCUUAUGCUUAACGUAGGACAAUCAAGAACUGCAAGAACUUUUAACAUUUUUAAUUCAGUAUCGGAUACUGUUAUGUUAUUGCUACUUUCUAAUAUGAUUUCUCUACUCUUGACGAUAUGCAUCGAAAUGCCAUAUAGGAGUUUAACGAAAUGGUUAUUCUCUGAAAACAACACAAUUGUUGUUAACGGAAGGACAUCCGAGUAUAAAAUAAUGAAAGAAGAAUAAUGUAUUAUAUAUCCUGAUUCUGCCGAUGAUGAGAAUCCGAAAUAAAACGAAACAGAUUAUCUUUCGUAAACUAA